CUCGUCACAUGACCGCGUCUGCCCGGAUGGGCAGAGCGGGGCGGGCGCUCGGUCCCGUCCUGUCCGCGGUGGCGGCGACAUGGACACCGAGGAGGGAGAGGACCGCACCCCGCUGCUCAAGGAGCCCCAGCCUGGCACGGUCCCUGCAUGCUGCUCAGCUCGCUACAAUCUAGCACUACUGGCCUUUUUUGGCUUCUUCCUCCUGUACGCCUUACGUGUGAACCUAAGCGUUGCUCUGGUGGAUAUGGUAGAACCUAACACAAGCAUAGUAAAGAAUACAACUUCCAGUGUAUGUCCAGAACAUUCCUCCAGCCUAAAUGUUCCUCGCAACACAACGGGGGAAAAGUAUUCUUGGGAUGCUGAUACUCAGGGAUGGAUCCUUGGUUCUUUUUUCUAUGGCUAUAUUGUGACUCAGAUUCCAGGAGGAUAUCUUGCAAGCAAAAUCGGAGGGAAGAUCUUACUGGGGUUUGGCAUUUUUGGUACUUCUGUAUUCACCUUGCUUACUCCUUUAGCUGCAGAUCUGGGAGUUGGCUACCUCAUAGCUGUCAGAGUCUUGGAAGGACUGGGAGAGGGUGUUACCUUCCCAGCUAUGCAUUCGAUGUGGUCUUCUUGGGCUCCUCCACUUGAACGCAGCAAGCUCCUUAGUAUUUCAUAUGCAGGUGCACAGCUCGGAACUGUUGUCUCUUUCCCAUUAUCUGGUUUAAUUUGCUACUAUAUGAACUGGGUUUACGUGUUCUACAUAUUUGGUGCACUUGGUGUAUUGUGGUUCUUCUUCUGGAUGUGGUUGAUUAGUGAUACACCAGAAACUCACAAGAGCAUUUCACAUGCUGAAAGAGAAUAUAUACUCUCUUCUCUGAAAGAUCAGCUUUCUACACAGAAAUCUGUUCCCUGGAGACCUAUACUGGAGUCCGUUCCACUCUGGGCUAUUGUUGUGGCACACUUCUCUUAUAAUUGGACUUUCUAUACACUUCUCACACUCUUACCCACAUACAUGAAGGAGAUCCUGAGGUUUGAUGCACAGGAGAAUGGGGUUUUAUCUGCCCUACCUUAUUUUGGCUGCUGGUUAUGUAUAAUUCUGUCUGGGCAAAUUGCUGAUUAUUUACGGGAAAAACGGAACUUGUCCACCGUUUGUGUUCGCAGAUGUUUUACCCUAAUAGGAAUGAUUGGACCUGCAGUGUUCUUAGUAGCGGCUGGAUUCAUAGGCUGCAACUAUGCCCUGGCUGUUGCGUUUGUGACCAUAUCAACAACACUAGGAGGAUUUUGUACAUCUGGCUAUAGUAUCAAUCACUUGGACAUAGCACCUUCGUAUGCUGGAAUUCUCCUUGGGAUCACAAAUUCUUUUGCUACUAUCCCAGGAAUGGUGGGGCCAGUUAUUGCCAAGAACCUCACUCGUAAUAAUACUGUGGGAGAAUGGCAGACCGUUUUCUAUAUUGCUGCUUCUAUUAAUCUGUUUGGAGCAAUUUUCUUUGCAUUAUUUGCAAGUGGAGAAGUUCAGGACUGGGCAGUCAGUGGAUAUCACUUGCAUAGAAACUGAAAGAGAUGUUGAAAUACCAAACCUGUGCUGGAUCCCAUGUGCUAGAAUUACAUGACCAGAGAAGUGCCUUCCCUACUGAUGCCUAGGAGUCUUCAGAGCUUUUCAGCUAAACUACUUUAUCUGUAUCUCUUUUGUACUGAAAAUUGUUUGACAGCAUAUAUGUGCUAUUUCCUAACACGAAACCACUUGGAUUAAAUAUAAUAGUUUCAUGCUAGGACUUGAUAUCAUAUCUAUGAUCAGAGACUAUUUUAAAUUGGUGUGCUAGGCUCCAAUUCUUUCCUAUUUUUAAUUAAUAUUUUCUAAAUUAAUUGUGUAGGCAGAUGUUUGUUGAUAAUGAAAUGAGAGGAAAAAGCUAAGUGAUUAUGUGGUACUGUAAGGAAGAAUGUCAUGCAAAGGAUUGUACCCAAGAAAAAGUGGUUUGAUUUCCAUGAUGAGAUUGAUAGGUUUUUUAAGUCUAGAAGAGCUCUAGUUUUCUACAAUCUUUUAUAGUGCUUUUGUUUUGGCAGUAAUUUAAUUAACGUCUAAGAAAUGCACACAAUUUUAUUCUGUUUUACACACAAGCUUUCGAUAUACAAACAUUCCAUGUUUCAUGAAUACAGCUUCACAAAUGAUGCAGAGCAAUGAGGAAGUAAAAUGUACCGUUGUAACUGACAGAAUAAGCCAUGUGUUACUGUUCUCUGUGGUGCAGAUUUUUUAAAUAGGCCUUAUUUUUAUUCAUCUGUGCAAAGAAGAAGCAGUACAACUCUGUGGUUUAAAUCUAGGCAGUGUGCAAGAAUGGACUAGGAAUAGAAUAUGUGCAUGCUUACCUUAAAAUAACUUUGGUUGGCAGUUCAUUUUUUGUCUCUUUAAAUCAAUGCAGUGGAAUUCUUUCCUCUUGCAUGUAGAUAUAUUUGUCAGCUUGUCAGUGUAAAUGCAAUAAAAUACGGCCAGUGUAGGGAACAAUGAGGAAGCUUCGUUCUCUAACAGCUUUGUUUGUUAGUCAGAUAAAAGUAGAGUAAAAAAGAACUAGUGCAAUAACCUGGUGCUGUUAGUCUCCUAUCAACAUAGAAUUUGACACUCGAGCAUCCUUUGCACAACAUGCAAUUCAAUGCCACACAGUAGGAUUAAAUGAACACAGUGGCCUUGAUAAGAAUAAAUGGCUGAAUAAUCUUCUAGUCACACAGCAAAGGAAAAUUCCUGUGCCAAAGAUUCCUGGAUUGGAGCAAUUAGGUGAAAAAACAAAAAUCAUGGGGCUCUGGGUUUUUCAUUUACCACCAAUCUGAAAGAAAAGCCCAGUACUAAAGCUGCUCCAGUGGAGCCUACCUUCCUUCAUUUCUAGGAAAUGACAUCUGCCUCUUCUUUUUAGCUUUAAGAGCCAUUUUAUUUUGACCUUCCUUGAAGUGUCAUGUUCUCUGAUGGUGGAACUGUGUUUAAAUCUGUUUCUGUCUGCAGCAUUUCCACAAUAAAGUAUGAAGUUCAGAUUAAAUUAGUAGCUGUUCAGUGGGAGUAUGUUAAAGCUAUAUUGUGUCUUCAGUGUUCCCACAAUAAAUGAGAUGAAUAUUUACAUGUGCAUCUGUUGUUGAAAAUUACUAUCUGUCUGAAGUUAAAACACCAUUAUCAAAGUAUGCAGAACAAGACUGGUGACUGGAUUAAGGGCUGGUUCAUAUUUUCCUGGAAAAUUACCUGCUUCAGAAGUUUCUUGUCUAGUCUUACAGGUGAGUACUAUCUUCCACCUGUCACUGUAUUAAGAGGAAUAGAUUCACUUUGUGUGUACAGAUGUUUGUCCUCUUUCAGUAGCCUUGUUUAAAAAGGAGGAGGAGAAAAAAGUUCCAAUAAGUAUAAUAAAAGUGUCUGUAUGUAGAUUAAAUUAAUUGAGGCCUUUGCUUUUAUAGAGACCUUAAGCCGGGCAACACAUGGGGGUUGCUGUUUCCCCGUGCUGAAGCUGAAAACUUCAGCUUCCCAUGCUUUCAGUCUUUGCCCUUGAAAUGAGUUCAGCUGAAUACCAAAACGGAAAAACAGAUACUUAAAGUAGGAGGUGCAGUAGAAGUAAAUGUAGGCAUUCUCUGUACCACUGAAAUAAGCCUGAACUGGAUUCAGUUAAAACUGACACAGUUGUGGGAAUAUCAGCAACAAAGCAAUCUAGAAAUCUUAGGCCAGCAUACUAGCUUUUGUUUUCUCCUCAUCCAAUGCACCAUUAAUGCUAAUGUUGAUUACUUUGUAACUUUCAAGAGAGCUUGGAAAGUGGGACUGGAAAAAAUGCUGUAAAUCCUUUUAUUAUUUCUAGACAACAGGCUAUAAUUAACUUAGUAGUACAUAACUACUUCCAAUUUAAAUUUUAAAAGUAUCGAAACAUAGGAUGAGAUUCUUGCUCUUGGUUCAAUGAGGCUCUUAACAUGUAACAAACAAGAAAAUAAAACCAAAAAAAAGGUGUUACCUUUCUGAAUCAUGCUCAUAAAAAAACCCUGUAAAAAGGAUAAAGCUAACUAAUAUUUUCAUGAUACUGUUUCUGUUGUAUUGCCAUGAUCCUGUUUGCACAGCUCUCUGACAGUUUCAUGCAUUCAAAAACAUUUUUCAUAUUCUGUAUUUUCAGAAGUAGCAAGUGUUUUGAGUACCUCUCAUCUCAGUUCACCUGUGUGACACAGGAUCUUGGAAAAAAAAUCAGGCAGUUUUUUUGUGGUGACUGUUUUCCUGAAACUAUCCUUUGAUUGUUAUUUUUCACUGCAUUUCCUUAACAGGUGUACCAGAGUAAGAAGUUGUGCUCUCUGGUCCAUCAAGAACCCUCUAAUUAGGAUGUCCACCUGGAAUAAAAGAAGUUGGUUCAAAAUCAGAUUUCACCUAUUUCAGAGCAGGAGCUGAACCACUGCCUGGGAGCAUGUCUUAGUGCCGCCAGGUAUUUUUAAGUGCAUUCGCCUCAAUGACUCUUUCUGACCUAGUUCUGCUUAAUUAUUUUUGGGAACAUUUAGUGCAAAGUUCUACCAGCAUUAGUAACAGAGAUGGAAUAACUCUUCACAGAAUAUCCUACAGCAUGAAAUGGGUCUUGGGGGUCUUGGGUCUUACCUGGGGGUGUUGGUUGACAGCCGUCUGAACAUGAGCCCGCAGUGUGCCCAGGUGGCCAAGAAGGCCAAUGGCGUCUUGGCUUGUAGCUUGUAUCAGAAAUGGUGUGACCAGCAGGUCCAGGAAGGUUGUUCUCCCCCUGUACUCGGCACUGGUGUGGCCGCACCUCGAAUCCUGUGUUCAGUUCUGGCCCCUCGCUCCAAAAAGGAUGUUGAGGCUCUGGAGCGUGUCCAGAGAAGAGCAACAAAGCUGGUGAAGGGGCUGGAGAACAAGUUUUACGAGGAGCGGAUGAGAGAGCUGGGGUUGUUUAGCCUGGAGAAGAGGAGGCUGAGGGGAGACCUUAUUGCUCUCUACAACUACCUGAAAGGAGGUUGCAGAGAGGAGGGAGCUGGGCUCUUCUCCCAAGUGACAGAGGACAGGACAAGGGGGAACGGCCUCAAAACUCUGCCAGAGGAGGUUCAGGCUGGACGUCAGGAAAAAAUUUUUCACAGAAAGGGUCAUUGGGGACUGGCAGAGGCUGCCCAGGGAGGUGGUUCAGUCACUUUCCCUGGAAGUAUCUAGAAGAUGGGUGGAUUAGAUCCUCAGGGGCAUGGUUUAGUGGUUGAUAUGACUGGUUGGACUUGAUCCUGGAGGUCUUUUCCAACUUGGUGAUUCUGUGAUGGGUAUUAACCCAAAAUCUGAACCGUGGUCUUUUACAGGCUGGAAAAGUGACUUCAUCAUGCUUUUCAAAAAAGGAAAGGCCAUGAAGUAAUGGGUGUCUUUUCCAAUCCACUAUUUGUUUGUUCCAAGGGUACCAGCUAUCAGUCAUGCACAUUAGAUAAGUCUGAAUUAUUUGACACUCAGAAAUACCAGAAAUGAGUUAACUUAAAUAGGCUUUUUAAAUUCUAAACUGGUGAUGUAUAGACACCAGUGCUUCGUGCUUUCCCAUCUCCAUAUUCCUCGGUAACUUGUAACUACUGUGUUUUCUAUGUGUAAGGGUCAUCUUAGUUCAGUUCCCAGAAUCUGAACUGUUCCUGUGAUAUAUUUUUUUCUGGCUUCUCUCAAUCACUUAUUUGCCAAUUUCUCCUAUUCUACUUUCUGAGAAUGUUUGAUUCCAUGAUAAAUGAACUAACCUUUGAGUUUAACAGGUCUUCAAUAUUUUUAGUAUUUGCCAGGAAGGAAAGCAGUGGGUGAGGAAGCCUAAACAUUACAAAGAUAAGUGAGAUAAAGUUCAUAUGGAAAGGUAGGGUUUCUGUUAGAUCACUUAUAGCAUCUGGGAAAGAAAGACAUGCUUCUAAAAGUCAGGCCUCCUCUUUUACAUUAUGGGAUCAACAAUCACAACUAAAUUACUGCUAUUGUGUUUUUCAAGCUGUUACUGUGAGCAGCAUCUUAAAAAAGUCUCUCAUUUCUCUGUGUACCUGUAUCUGAAAAAGCUGAAUGUCC